GCUAUUGAAACUCAGUAAUCAGUAAAAUUCACUUCGAUGCUUAAGUUAUCUACACAUUAUUAGUUAUUUGUUUACAUUUGUUAUAAAUAUAUAAUAUUUGGUCAUAGAAACAAUUAACAAUAAUGACGCUAUUUGAAAGAUUGAGAGAAGAUUUUAGCAUUUUUUUACAACAAUGUUUAAGAAACUCUGAUGUUGUAAAUUUUCAAAAAAAAUGUAUCGAAGCUUGUACUAAUGAUGUAGAUCGGAAAGCAGCUGUUGAUCAAGCUUUACGUGAUACAUUAUUAAUGAUUUUAAAUGAAAAUACAUCGAAAAAUGUCGGCGUUCUUGAAAAUUACAUUACACUUACAAUUGAUCUCUGCAGAAGAGAUUUAGCAACUUCUAGUAUGCCUGUAAUGCUUCUUAGUGAUAUUUUCGAUGCAAUGACACUAGAUAAGUGUGAACAACUCUUUACAUAUGUUGAAAAUAAUGUUGGAAUUUGGAAAGAAGAUUUAUUUUUUAGUGCUUGUAAAAACAAUUUAUUACGAAUGUGUAAUGAUUUAUUACGACGAUUAUCGCGGUCUCAACAGACAGUAUUUUGUGGAAGAAUUUUAUUAUUUCUUGCAAAGUUUUUCCCAUUUUCAGAGAGAUCUGGACUUAACAUUGUCAGUGAAUUUAACUUAGAUAAUUAUACUGAAUUUGGAACUGAAAAACUUGAAAAUGAUUUAGAACCAAUGGAAGAAGACAAUAAAAGUGAAAAUAAAAUACAAAUGGAUUAUAAUUUGUAUAGAAAAUUUUGGGCACUUCAGGAUUUCUUCCGAAAUCCUAACCAAUGUUAUAAUAAGAUGCACUGGAAAGUUUUUUCUGCUCAUGCUUCUAGUGUUCUUUCUGCAUUUUCAUCUUUCAAAUUAGAAGAUCAGCGUACUUGUUCUGUGACCGGAGUUAACAAGGAAUUUACAGUGGAAAAUAUAUACAAAGAAACUCAUUACUUUGCCAAAUAUCUUACGAAUCAAAAAUUACUUGAAUUACAACUAUCAGAUUCAAACUUUCGACGUUAUGUACUUUUACAAUUUCUUAUUCUGUUUCAAUACCUCAACAGCACCGUUAAAUUCAAAACUGAAACUCAUGAAUUGAAACUGGAUCAAGUAGAAUGGGUGAAAGCCACAACGGAUCAAGUUUAUGCUUUAUUGAUUGAAACUCCCCCAGAUGGUAGAGUAUUCACAGAGAUUGUAAAAAAUAUUUUAAAACGAGAAGAGCAUUGGAAUACUUGGAAAAAUGAUGGCUGCCCAGCUUUUAAAAAACCGUUGUACAACUCCGGUGGAAAUGAUGAACCAAGAAAAUUAAAGAAACUUAAACGACGUAUAGGUGAUGUUAUUCGAGAUGCGCAGUGUAUUGGAAAAUUUAAUAUGGGAAACUCUGAGCUCACUAAACUAUGGAACCUUUGUCCAAAUAAUUUAGAAGCUUGCAAAUCCAAAGAUAGAGACUUCUUACCACUAUUAGAAACAUACUUCGAAGAAGCCAUAAUGCAGUCAGAUCCUGCUGCUAUGGUUGAUGAUGAAUAUAAAAAAGUAAAUGAUGGUAACUUUGGUUGGAGAGCAUUGAGAUUAUUAGCUAGACGAAGUCCACACUUUUUUGUUCAUGGGAAUAAUCCUAUCAACAAAUUACCCGAGUACUUAGAGACUAUGAUAAAAAAAAUUGCUAAAGAUCGACCACUUCAAUCAGACAUGAUUAAAACGGAAACUGAUGAAACUCCUCCUCCAGAAUCAAAUGAACAAGAAUUUAAUGAAGAUGUUUUGAAACAAGAAUCAGAACAAGUUGAAUGUGAAAAUUCAGAGGUUAAAACUCGUAAAUUAAAUUUUGUCAACGUAGAAAUGAUUGUAAAACUUUCAGAGGUAUUGAAAAAUGAUUGGGAAAAAUUAGCUACAAAACUAGGAUAUGCUGCAGAUGAGAUUGAUUUUUUUCGUGGAAAACCUACUCAAUACGAACAAUGUAAGACAAUGUUGGAGAUUUGGGCAGAUGCCGAUGAAGAUGCUUCUGUCGAAAAUUUGGCCUACAUUUUAGAAGGAUUAAAUUUCAAUGAAGCAGUUGCGGUAUUAAAAUCGUAAAAUAAAUAUACUAAAGUUUUGUUAUUUUGUAUUUUUGCAACUUUACAAACAGUGUAAGGUAAAACAAAUAUUAAUUUCAAUCAUUUUCUGUAUUCAAUAUUUUUUUAAUUAUAACUCUAAAUAACAAAUAAAUUGAACAGAUAGUUGAA